AUCCUCGACAUUUGUGCGCCUCGCUUCUCUUCCGGCCGCGGCGCCCGGAUGGCCCAUGGAUGAGUACAGCACCUACCGACGCUGCGUGCUGCGCUCCAAGGGCCUCGCGGGCAGCUACUGGGCCACCACUGUGCUGCUGGUCUUCUAUGUGAUCUACACCGCGAUUAUCAGCAAGAAUCAUUUGCUCCUGGAGGUGCUCAACGCGGAGGGGGUGCUCUUCGCACGUCUCAAGGAGGGCCCUGAGGCGCCCAGCUGCGCAGGUCUUGCCGCCGGGGGCAGCACAGGUCUUUGCGUAGAGCUGCCCUGGCUAUCGGCCUGCGAGUUAUCGGCCAGCCGGGGCUUCCUCAGCACCUACGUGCAGGAGGCGCUGUUUGAGGGCCGACCCUCCUUGCAACGCCUGGGCUCGGAGCCGACCGACGAUGCCAAGCAUCGGAAGGUUCGUGAACAGGCUUUCUACAUCGGCCAGCCAGAGAGUUGGGUCCUGGUGCUGGAGCAUCGCGUCGCCUGUCUAGUGGGCACCUGGUCCGGCCAAGACUUGGAAGGCUUCAUGAGGAAAGAGCAGUUGGACAUCAACUAUGGCCAUCCCAUAGAGUACGUUGCCCGGGGCUUGCCGCCGGCCUCCGCCCGCCGGAGCUUCGCGGGAAGCUCCUCAGAGCGGCGGGUGCAGGUGCAGAUGGCGGAUUUGCUGUCGGCAGCCAACAUGAGCCUUGACGAUGAGUGUCACCGUUGCGCGGAGUUCAACGUCACCGGGGAGCGCGCCCGGUUGCGCCGCAUCGGUGUGGAGCUGGACGUGACGUUGUUCUACUCAAACCUUUGGUUCUCCUGGUCUGAUAUCUCCACCUGGUUUGGACCGAACAAGGAGGUGUCCUUUGAGCUCAAGGUCUCAGCGCGGCAGCCCAUCGAGGGCGUCCGCACCAUUCGCUCGGUGGCGCCCUCUGCGUCCUUCUUCCCCCCAGAGGAGUACAGGGACAAAGACUUUCCCUCGGUGACUCGCCGCAGCUAUGGUGUGCGAAUGCUAUUCCACCAGCAGGGAGUGAUAGGCAAGUGGGACUUCCCGAGCUUCCUCUUCUUCCUGCUGCAGGGCUGCACCUUCCUUGGAGUCGCCUGGACCCUCACGGAGCUCCUGUGCACCUUCCUUCCGAUGGCUCACGCUUUUUUGGGGAAGCCGGCACCGCUGUGGCUGGACACCCUGCAGAAGGCAGCUACAAGCAGCGAGGACGCAAAGAAGGCGUCGACAAAGAAGAAGGACUGAGCCCAUGCAGUCGGCUGGUCUGCGGGUGCGAUGGUGAGGCAUUCGGCGAAGAAAAGAUGUGUCUGGGUUUGGCACGACCUGUAUUGGAAUGAG